UCCUUGGAAUGUCAAUGGAGUUAAACAUUAAUGUGAGUAGUUUGAACUGGGCAACCGAUGCAGCUGUUUUAAAAGAGGACUUAGAUGCAGAAGGCAUUAACUGCUGCAAUAUUUCUGUUCUUAUUUAGGUGUGAUAAAUCUCACAGAAGAGCAGCCAUGGGUUGUAAGAGCAGCAAACAAGGCACAUUAGCUCAUAUGAAUCAGCCAUCUGGCAAACGUACCCUUGAUAUCGCCAUCAUAGGGGACUCAGGUGUCGGCAAAUCAUCCCUGGUCAAUGCCCUGACGAUUUCCCCCUCCUGCAUGUACAAUUUCCCCCUCCGGCAGAGGACUCUGCAAGAUGAAUGUAGUGAUCUCCAGAGGCGUGCCUUACUACCACCCCAGGACCCAGGAAGGAAGAUGCACAAUAAGAUGCUGUCAAAUAAAAAGAAAUUCUUAGCAUUCGUUGAGUUUAUCAAGUCUCUUCAAAAAAAUGUAGACAUAAAAUCAGACCCUGCUACAUAUUUCAAUGAAGUAAUCAAGAUAUAUGAGAAGACUUUCAGUGAUGGUGGAAUGAAGGAAGCAGCUUCAAAAGUCAAAAAGGAGCUGGAGGAGUUGGAAAACACUGAGCUUCACAUUGCUAUCACUGGAGAGGUGGGCUCUGGGAAAUCAACCCUCAUCAAUGCUCUCCAAGGCCUGAAGGCAGAAGAUGAUGGUGCUGCCCCUGUAGGAGUAACAGAAACCACACUGAAUCCAAAUGCUUAUUCGCAUCCCAAGUAUCCCAAAGUGAAAUUUUGGGACUUGCCAGGAAUUGGAUCCCCAGGUUUUUCAUCAGAGAGUUACCUUAAGAAGGUGGAUUUCCCCAGAUAUGACUUCUUUAUCAUAGUAGGUUCCACAAGGUUCCAAAAUUGCCACAUUGAACUUGCUCAGGAGAUCCAACGGAUGAAUAAGUUGUUUUAUUUUGUACGCUCCAAAAUGGAUCUAGAUAUGUCCAGCAUGAAAAGGAAUUAUCCUAAAACCUUCAGUGAAGAUCAAGCCAUUAAAACGAUCAGAGAUGAGUGCAAAAAGAACUUGCUAAACUUCAAGGACUCCAGUCACCAGAGCUUUCUGAUCUCUUCCUGGGACCUUGCCAAGUAUGACUUCCCCCACCUGGUGGAGACCUUGGAGAAAGAUCUGCCCAGCCUGAAGAGAAUUGCAUUCCUGUUCAGCCUCCCCAACUUUUCCUCUGAGGUCAUAGAAAAGAAGAAAUCUGCGCUGAAGAGUCACAUAUGGAAAAUAUCCCUAGUGUCUGCUUGCAUCAAUGCUAUUCCCCUUCCAGGCCUUCCUCUGGCUUGUGAUGCUGCCCUCUUGCUUGGGUCCAUGGUUGCCUUCUACAAGAUGUUUGAGCUGGAUGAUGGCUCCUUAGCUAGGGUGGCCAGAUUGGCCAGGAAGCCUGUUGAAGAACUGAAGGCCGUGAUUAAGUCUCCUCAGGGGAAAGAAAUCACCCUGGAUCUUGUCAAGAAGACAAUAAUCCAUACUUUACAAUGUUUCCUCCCAGUUUCACCAGUUAGUAGCUUGGCAAGUGCAGGGGUGUCUUUUGCCACCACUUAUUGUAUGCUAUGGAGCUUCCUGGAUAAUCUGUCUGAGGAUGCUGAAAGAGUGAAGAAAGUCCUAGGACUGGAAGAGUGUGAGGCAGAGCACCUCAGGGCCAAGCAGAACUGGCACAAGACAUGAUGCAGCCCAAGGGGGAGAAAGUAGGAGUUGCUGCUGCUGCUGCUGCUGCUGUGGCAAACAUUCCCACUUUGGCACCCCUUUUCAUACCCAUUUUGGCUGGUUCUAGAGACCAUGAAGCAGACCCUAUAGCUGAUUUAUCUUACCGCAUUAUGACACAAUCAAGCUUUUAAAAAUAGGGAUAAAAGGCAUCUUUCAAUUUUUGUAAAGUCUUUUGGAGACAAACGUGCCAGACAGGCACACCACUGCUCCCCAUUUCCUGUAUGGAACCCAAUACUCUUAUGAAUUGAAUUGGCCGGGUUUAAUCAAUGCACCCUUAGAGAUUCAUUAAACAUGUCGUGUCCACAGUGAAUGCUAUUUUUA